UCCCACCCUCUCAGACGCAAUUCAUUAAUCUUUCUCUGAUUCUCUCUCUGUCUCUUCUAUAUUUAACAUUAUUGUUCGGUUGUAUUUAUUAAUGAUGAAUCCUCUCAUCACAGCCAGCCGUACUGAUUCGCCAUCUUUUCACCCUUUUAAUGAAUCUUCUUCCUCUUCCCUUUUAACUUCACUUUCUUCUUACUGAAACCCAUCUCCCCCACAAGAAAAGGCUCAACUACAAUGCAAAGCAGCUUCAAGACCGUUCCUUUCAACCCCCCUGACUUCUACUCCCAAGCCUCUUUCUUCUUCAGAGGAGAUAGCUGUCUUGAUGAGUUUCAUCAACCAAUCAACGCUUUUCACCAUGAAGAAGCUGCUGUUGGUUUAAGUCCAAAUGUCACUGUAGCUGCUUCCAACAACUUACACUACACGACGUUUGAUACGGUCAUGGACUACGGCUUGAGGGAAAGAGAAGAGGAGUGUUUGGAUACAGGGCAGUUAAUGUACCAGAGAGGAGGAGGAACAAGGUUAGGAGGAGGAGAAGUGAACAGCAGUUUAGUAGACAAGUGGUGUGAUUCGGUUUCAGCCAUGGCUGAUAACAGUCAACACACUGACACUUCCACAGAUAUUGAUACUGAUGACAAGUCUCAGUUAAAUGGAGUUCAUCAAGGGAUGCUUUUGGCUACAAAUUGUUCAGAUCAAUCUAAGGCGCUUAGAAGACUUGCUCAGAACCGGGAGGCUGCUAGGAAAAGCCGGUUAAGGAAAAAAGCAUAUGUUCAGCAGCUUGAGAACAGUAGAAUCAGGCUAGCACAGCUAGAGGAGGAGCUCAAAAGAGCACGUCAACAGGGAUGUUCGGUUGAGAGAGGAGCUUCAAGGGAAAACACUCAUGUGACUGCCGGAAAUGGUGUGUUUUCUUUUGAAUUGGAAUAUGCACGUUGGAUGGAGGAACAUCAGAGGCUGAUCAACGACUUAAGAGCUGGUGUGCAUUCACAGCUAGGCGACAACGAGUUGCGUGUGCUUGUGGAUGCUGUCAUGAGUCACUACGAUGAGAUAUUCAGGCUGAAGGGGAUCGGUACUAAAGUCGACGUCUUUCACAUGCUCUCAGGCAUGUGGCAGACUCCUGCUGAGAGAUUCUUCAUGUGGUUAGGUGGAUUCAGAUCCUCUGAGCUACUCAAGAUACUGGGGAACCAUGUGGAUCCGUUGACUGAUCAGCAGUUGAUAGGCAUAUGUAAUCUUCAGCAGUCGUCUCAGCAAGCAGAGGAUGCAUUGUCACAAGGCAUGGAAGCUUUGCAACAAACGCUUCUAGAGACGCUUUCAUCUCCUUCAAUGGGUCCAAACUCUUCAGCAAAUGUUGCUGACUAUAUGGGUCAUAUGGCUAUGGCCAUGGGGAAGCUUGGCACUCUUGAAAACUUCCUUCGUCAGGCAGAUCUAUUGAGGCAACAAACUUUGCAACAGCUUCACAGGAUUCUCACUACAAGACAAGCUGCUCGUGCCUUUUUGGUCAUCCAUGACUAUAUUUGUCGGCUUAGAGCACUUAGCUCUUUAUGGUUAGCCAGACCAAGGGACUAAAGCCUUGAGCAUAUAGGUCUUCUCUCUUCUCUGUAGCCUUUUAGAGCAUAUGUUUUAAACUUUAUUUAGUACGUUGUGUACGUUACCGUUUCAGAAUCGUUUAUAUUUGUGGUUUUUUUCCUACGCUAAACU